CAAAGACCAUAGUCAAGACUCGACCAGACUUCAAGAGCCGCCUCGGAUGCCAUCGAAAGGAAAGUCUCGAUCUUAAUGCCCGGAGCCGCCCCUUUGGCGUCGCUGUGUACGGUUUGCUGAAUGCGACAAAGUCACAGUGUCUGACCGCGCCAUUCCAUCCUCCUCUAACCACCUCCACCCAGAUCUGAAGUCGAGAUUCAUUUGGGCCAAAUACAACUAUCCUACGGCCUUGCUCCACAUCGCCCACAGAAAUCACGUCUCCCCGAUAUUGCAUCCGUUGCGACGGAAGUCGAUGAAGGCUGGGCCGCAAAUUCACUCGCACCUCGGCGCCGAUGGGUCACAGGAGCGGUGACUGUUCACAGAGAGAGUGAUUAAAUUACCAUCCGAAGGUUGCACAAGCCGUCGACAUCCGUGCCUUGUGCCGUAAGAGCAUAAAAUGGCGCCUCGUCGAUCUACGGCAAGAACCUCAAGUGCGACGCCGGUACGCGCAGCUUCACCGACGAAGCGGUCAACUCGUGCAAGCAGUGCUUUAGCACCAGAGGACGCUAUCCCGCGUCGAGUCACUCGUGGGACUUCUCAACAACCGAGCCUUGCUGAUGGUAUUGUGAACAAUCCGAGACUGCCUGAGGUGCAGAUCCAGCAGUCUUACGCCUAUGGGUCAAGCAAGACUCCCGUUUUACCCACCCAGUUGGUCGCACGAAGUAGGAUGAACUUGAAGGAGAUGGCCGAAACGAUCGACGCUGGAGUCGAGCAAGCGCAGCAACAUCUUCAGAACCAUAUCGAAGAGACCCAUGCAAACUUACAGAACGACUCUCGGGCUGAAAGAGCUCGGCGAAGAGCCUCUCGCGAACACUCACAGGAAGCCUCGGUGGCGAGCGAUGAUGCCGAGCAACAGUGGAAUCAGCGGGUAGCUGCAUGGGCCACCUCUUUACACAAUAACCGACUCAAUGAGAUACAAGAAGAAAGUCAAGAACUAGGGGAAGAUGAAGACGAAGAUAUUGACAGGGACAAUGAGAGCGUCGCCCGCAGUACUCCCGAUGACGAUACCAACAAGGAAACAGAUCCCUCCAGCUUUCCCAGCGGCAUAUUUGAUCACAGCUACAAUUACGAGCGGGGACUCCGGAAACCUAACAUCACAAUACGAGAACGGCAAGACCCGUGGUUUCGAAAAGCGUGGAAUACCAGCAAGGGCUCCGUGCAACAAUUUCGGCAGACCUCCUUGGACAUCUUAUCUUCGAUAUCGGACUGGUUCGUGCAGUUAUUGCGGGUCAGUGGACGAGCGAUCAGAGAUCUCCCAAAUUCACCUCUUGUACCCAUCAUGACGAGUCUUCUUUUCAGUUUGUUUUUUGUCGGCGGAGCGAGCCUUCUACUAUGUUAUACCUACACUAAUUUUGUUUGCGACCCUCUAUCCACUUCUACAGCCGGGUUGACUCUUCAGAAAUUCUGUGGAACCUGUACGAGGAGCCCGAGCAUAGCGUCUCUCAACCUUACAGCUGGCAAUGGGAAUGAUUUGUCAAAGCUCUCAGCAGCAAUAAACAGCAUUAAUCAACAACUUCGGACGCUUGAGACACGACUGACCGACAAGGCCGACUCGCGAUACGCGACAAUAGACAAAGAUAUUGAAGCCCUGAAGAGGCAGCAUUCGGAGUUGUCAAGCCACAUAGCGGGAUCGAAGCCCGGAGGCAAAUCGAAGACCCUGUCUGGCGACGUUGCCUCUCCAGUCAUUCCGAAAGUCAACUACUUCGCUCCAAAUAACGGAGCCAUGAUUGAGCCACGAUUAACCUCACCAACUAUGCAAAAGCCGCUGACACUUGGCCACCGAAUACUCUUGCGAAUCCUCCUGUCGACACGCUAUGUGAGCAAGCCACCCAUUACAGCUCUCACUCCAUGGCAAGAUGUAGGGGACUGCUGGUGCGCUUCGGCUGUUCAAACUGGUGGCCCAGGACACGAGGAUGACAUGAUGAGACUGGGCGUGAAAGUGACGGAACUGAUCUACCCCACCGAAGUGGUCCUGGAAAACUAUCCCAGCGCUGGCUCGUUGUCGCCAGGGUCGACGCCCAAGACUCUGGAACUGUGGGCCGAUUUCGAGCAACUGGACAGUUUGGAAUGGGAGAAGCUGAACAUCAGAUCGAUGCAAGGCGCGACGGGGAGCACCCUUGGACCCACCUACGCCCGGAUCGGAAAGAUGGAAUACGACGCCUCGAUCGAGGCGAGCCAUGUCCAAGCCUUUCCGCUGGACGUGAACCAGGGCGGUUCGUUGGCAUACGCGGCGCAAAACUUUGUGCUGCGGGUGACGGAAAAUCACGGCGCGGAGUUUGCUUGUUUGUACCGGGUCAGGCUGCAUGGCGUUCCGGUUUUUGGGCACGGAGCGGAAGACUCAGAAGGCUAGAAUCUCGUCCGCGAGCGUUGGGAUUGUAUCAUUACCAAAGAGUUUGCGACUGCCACGCACAGGCAGCUCGGGGAUGACAUGCCGACAACAGAUUGGCGCCAGCUUUUGGCACGAUUUGUGGCGGAGAGACAGGACGGACGUCGGAGCUCGAGCUUGAAGAUCUACAGGACCCCUUCUGCCUUGAGCAUUGGCCCGACCGAGUCUAUGGGAGAGGAUUAGUAUUGAUCCCAACACAUUGGAUCGAUGAAUAAACAGAUCCAGUGAGACCUUCGUGUUGAUCAUUCCAUCCACACCCCCUUCACCGUGUUGGCCUCCGAGGAGGUUCUCAGGUAUGAGCAUCAGAGUCCUGGCGUAGAAAAGUAAUGCGCAAGACCGCCGUAUUCUGCAUCUUCAAUUCCUCCUAUGAUCUAUCUACAUAUCUUAUUACAGCAGCUCGAAAGUAC